GAAAAAAGAAAGGCCUGUGGAAAUGGGAAAAAUACGAAAAGGAAGAAGAAAAGGCAGAAUUCAAGAUUAGAGGUUAUGUGUAACUGUUGUAACCAUAACAACAAAAAUAAGUGUUAAGAUAAUCAAACACAGGUUAGUUUGUCUUUAUGGGAAAUUGUGGUCCGUAGCUGUAACGGAGUUGCUUUUUCGGAGCACCAAACAACACACAAAUCAUAAGAGAAGUUCUUUAGCAGCCCACACCUCCACUCACCACCACCACCGCCACCGUAGCAGCUUAGGGGAAUAUCCCACCUUGCUUCUCCGCAGCCCGUAUGUGAAAUUUGCAAUUCUCCUUUAUGCCUGCGGGUAUCCUUCAUUGACCGCAAAUCUCCCUGAAAUAUCUCUCUUUCUAGUUUGAAUCUUCUUUCCUAAUCACAAAAAACUUGGUCAAGCUUUUUCGCUUUUUCUCUGUCCUGCUAACAAAUCAACUCAAACUUUUUAGUGUGGGAAAAAUAAAAAAGAGUCUUUCCAUGGGUUCCUUUUUCUUUUAAGGGGGGUGCAUUUUUCUUUUUCUUUUCUCUUUAUUUUGUGUGGCCUUGGGCUCUUUAGAUCGAGCCCUUGGUUUUCUUCUUCACUUUUCCGGGUUUUCCCCCCCUUUCUUUCUUUUGAUGUUUCUUGUUUUUUGAUUCAAGAACUUGUAGGAUUUUUCUGAGAGUUUAACUUCCAAGAUCUGCGUAGAGUAAGCUGAAUUUAAACUUUUUGGGUGUCAUACUUCAUUUAUUGCUUGGCAUUACUACCAGAUUCUGGGGAAUUGUACUCCUUUCCGUAUUUGAUUCGGAUAGAACAGGGGCGGAAAGUUAUUGAAGGAUAAGAGAUUAGUGAAGUUGGAGUUCUUAGGCAUUUGAACUACCUUUAAUCCGCUGUUGAUUUCAUGCAUUAGCUUAAGAUUUAGGUUUUGCAUUUUAAAACUUGCUGUUUUUGGUGGUGUUGCUGCUGUUGCCUCUGAAUUUAAACAGCGAUGAUACAUUCAGAUUGUCGUAGAAGGACAUGAUGACAAGGGGGAGAUUGCUAAUUUACGUUCCCUUUAUGGCUUAAACUCGGUUCUAUCGACCCCUUUGGAAUUUUCUUCUUUCCGUAUCUGGUUUCUGCAAAUGGGUGGAAAUGAAUCCCAUCAACUGGAAGUGGCUGCUUGAGAUUUUCUGCUGCUUAGGAUGAUUGAUCUAUUUAUCAAUUUUGUCAUUAGGCCACCCAGGGCUGACUACAACCCAGAUCAUUAUCUGUGGGAAAAGGAUUUUACUCUUUCAGGAAGAAAGUACAAAAGAGAAGAUGUAGAGCUUAGAAACGAAAGAGGCCAUACGUUGAGGUGUAGCCAUUAUGUUCCUUCGGAAUUCCCAGAUGAUUCUCCCCUUCCUUGUGUUAUAUAUUGUCAUGGAAACAGUGGAUGUCGAGCAGAUGCGAAUGAGGCAGCUGUAGUUCUUCUGCCUUCAAAUAUCACGGUAUUUACUCUUGAUUUUUCAGGUUCUGGCUUGUCUGAUGGAGAUUAUGUCAGUCUUGGUUGGCAUGAGAAAAAUGACUUAAAGGCCGUGCUAUCAUAUUUAAGGAGCAAUGCGAAAGUAUCUCGUAUUGGUCUUUGGGGGAGGUCAAUGGGUGCAGUGACUAGCCUUCUUUAUGGAAAUCUCAUGCUGGAACUUGCAGAUGUAUACAAAAUCCGCCUUCCCAAAUUUACAGUUAAGAUGGCUCUUCAAUACAUGCGACGAGUGAUCCAGAAGAAAGCCAAAUUUGAUAUCACGCGGCUUGAUUGCAUACAGGUUGCUCCGAAGACAUUUAUUCCUGCUUUAUUUGGACAUGCAAAAGACGACAAAUUUAUUCAGGAUGCUAUCUUUAAGUCAUACGCGGGUGAUAAAAAUAUCAUCAAGUUUGAGGGUGAUCACAACUCAUCUCGGCCCCAAUUUUAUUAUGAUUCUGUAUCUAUUUUCUUCUAUAACGUUCUUCAUCCUCCUCGACUUCCACCUUCACUUUCAACAAAGAUCGAAAAAUAUUAUGACCUGGGAGAUAUGAAGGUCGGUGCUGGUAUGGAAGAGAAUGUUUUAUAUGAGAUAAUCGCUGGGCUUCGGAAUGUUGGUACUGAUGCACCAAGUUCUUCAUCUGCGCCAUGUAGCAUCUCAGCUAUGAAGUCUGUUGGGGAACUGCUCUCCGGCAUUGCACCUGUUUGCAAUGAUGCCUUGGUUAUAGAAGAUGCUGAACUUCAUGACAACAGCACAUCAGUUCUGCAGGACAAGCCAAGUGGCCCCAAUGAAGAUUGUUGCUCCUACACAAGCUCAAACAGAGAGAGUUGGGGAAGAUGCUCAUCUCUGGGCAGUGAUGAUGCACCUUCUAUGGAUUCUUCAAGUCUCAACAAUUACGAUCAGACAGCUAUAAAGAUUCUUGCAACGCCUCUUCGAAAUUCUCAAAAGAGUACGUUAACCUCUCAACCAGAAGACAGCAAGAAGAAGAAGAAGAAGAACAAAGCUCCAUCAGGCCCAAAGAAGUCGAAACGUGAGAAAUUUGAGAAACUGGAGGCUCUAGGCCAGCGCAUUCGUCAUUGCAUCCUCAAGAAAGUUAACCAUAGGAGACAUUGCUCCUCAUGACCCAACGCACACCCACCCAUUUGUAUUAUAGAGUAGAAUGUUGCUUUGCUAAUCUCAGCUCUCUCUUUCUCUUAGUCUUCUCUCCAUCCUCUGUUUUUGCGUUUUUCCUUUGUUUCUCGUUGUAUUACGAAGGAAAGCCAAGUCUGAUAUAUUGUUAUGGUCGCCCUGUUUGUUUAUGAUUUCUCAACAUUACUAUUCUUCAUGGUCUGGUAAUGGCCCCGCCUGAAACCCCUAUAGUUGAGUUUGGUGUCAAUAAUGUCGCCUUCCAAUGUAGGCAAAUGCAACAGAAAUAAACCCUACAAAUGCUUCUGCCGCUA